UGAGCACUGUAUACUCACUGCACUCACUGCACUCACUGCACGUACCGCACCACAUUGCAUCCUUACGCCUAAACUUUCAUGAAUCUUUCUUCCUCCAAACCACAACAGACCGUGAACUUCAGCAGCAUAGCUUUUCCUAAUCGAUCACACCCUCACAUCCCUUCCCCAAUCUUGGUACCCAAUUGCCAUUUUCCUUCGACAAUACUCGGACUCGGUUCUUACAAUUGCGACGCGUCCAUUAUUAACUCAUUGAACCUUUGCUUCUUUCUUCAACCCUUUAUACAGCACCCUUACGAGACGAGAGAGUCGGGCGUCCCCACCCCGCCAUAAUCUCGUAGGGCUGUGACCUACAAAGAUGAAGCGCUUCAGCCGAGCCCUCUCGAGAGGCAAGAGUGACAGCAAGUCCUCCAAGAAGAAUAAGGAAACCAAGGAUGGCACCGCUUCCCCCUCCUCUGGCGGCUCGAGAGAGAAUCAAUCGCCUGUAUUAACCCCCUCUUCAUCCACGUCGACUCUCAACGACAUUAGAAAUAAGCCCCUUCCCCCAAAUAACGCUGGAACGCACGGCGGUGAUCAUGGGAACCCAGCCUUGCAAGGCCAAUCUAGUCAGGUCAUUACCCAAGGUGGCGUUGAUAGAUUUGUCAGUUUGGGACCUCAGCAGUCGCCUAAUGGCGCUGGGACCCCUUCUCGACACGGCACCCUCCCGCCAACUGUGGUCAUUAGCCCAAGUGCUCCACAUAUUCCCCCACCCGGCGCCGCUGAGACUAUGCCGCACGACCUUGCUCCGCCCAAAGCCGGCCAGAAGUCGCUGAUGUUUGACCGUCUUCACCAAACCCCGAAAGAUGUUCCUGAGGGACUUAAAACACCUAGACGACAAAAUUCAUCGCGCAUCGACAUCUCGACCCACCGAGAGCUUGAGAAGCUACCUGGAUUCCACGAAGUGCCCCCCAACCGACGACAGGAGCUCUUUAUGCAAAAGAUUGACCAGUGCAAUGUCAUUUUCGACUUUAAUGAUGCCAGUGCCGACAUGAAGUCCAAGGAGAUCAAGCGUCUUGCCCUACAUGAGUUACUUGACUACGUAGCCAAUAACCGUCAAGUCAUUACAGAACCCAUGUAUCCCCGAGUUGUCGAGAUGUUCGCCAAGAAUCUAUUCCGCCCGAUCCCCCCGCCGAUGAACCCCCAAGGGGAAGCCUUUGACCCCGAAGAGGACGAGCCCGUCCUCGAAGUCGCUUGGCCCCACAUCCAGGUGGUCUACGAAUUCUUUUUGAGAUUUAUCGAAAGCCAAGACUUCAACACAAACAUCGCAAAAGCUUAUAUCGAUCACAGCUUUGUCCUUCAGCUCCUGGAACUUUUUGACUCGGAGGAUCCGCGUGAGAGAGACUUCCUUAAGACCACCCUACAUCGAAUUUACGGCAAGUUUUUGAAUCUUCGCUCUUUCAUCAGACGUUCUAUCAACAACGUAUUCUUCCAGUUUACGUAUGAAACGGAGCGAUUCAAUGGUGUGGCCGAGUUGCUUGAAAUCCUAGGAUCCAUAAUCAAUGGAUUCGCUCUGCCUCUCAAGGAAGAGCAUAAGCUUUUCUUGACCAGGGUUCUGCUCCCGCUUCAUAAAGUCAAGAGCCUCAGCAUGUAUCACCCCCAGCUUGCCUAUUGCAUUGUUCAGUUCCUUGAAAAGGAUGCGUCUCUCACCGAGGAAGUCGUGUUGGGUCUGCUUCGAUACUGGCCCAAAGUUAACAGCACGAAAGAGGUUAUGUACCUCAACGAGGUGGAGGACAUAUUCGAAGUAAUGGACCCUGCGGAGUUUGCCAAGGUUCAGGAACCUUUGUUCCACCAGCUUGCGAAAUCUGUCGCAAGUCCGCAUUUUCAAGUCGCGGAACGGGCCUUAUAUUUUUGGAACAAUGAAUAUUUCUGCAAUCUUGUCAGCGACAAUGUCGAGAUAAUCCUACCCAUCAUGUUUGCACCACUUUACGAGAACUCCAAGGGCCAUUGGAAUAGAACAAUCCACGGGAUGGUGUACAAUGCGAUGAAGCUUUUCAUGGAGAUUAACCCGCAGUUAUUUGACGACUGUUCCCACGAGUAUACUGAGCAGCAGAAUAAUGCUGCUUCAAGAGAAGCUCUCCGAGAAAGGAAGUGGGCCGCUAUCACGGAGCAAGCCAAUCGAAGGAAGUCUAAUGGGACCUCUGAUAAGCCCAGCGUUUCCACGAAGCAGCUCAACAUAUUACCACGGGUCGAAGAGGCUGAUUCGAUGUCGGAUGAUAACCAGAAGAGGUUGGAUUCCCUUAAGCUGCAGGAUGCUGACCGAGGCAGUCGUCGUGCAGCCGCCCAUGAACGACAAACUUCGGUAGGGUCCGCUAGAAGUCAGCGGUGAUUUCUGCUCUUCUUUCUUCCAGCCCGAGCAUUGCGAUGCAUGGCCUUUACACAGUACUUGGCUUCCUUCAUGAUAGAUCUCAUAAGUGAUGGUAACCCGGUUUACACAAACCCCAGGAAAACUCUAUUUCGAUUCACAUAGCCAUACUUUUUCACACAGCCCUUUGUUUUUCGGCACCUGUAUUGGGCUGCGACUUUUUUUUGGGAUGGAUCACCCCAUUAAGAAUGAGGUGGACAUCAGUUCGAUAAAGUCAUCUAGCAGCCCUGUUCCACGUCUGGUGGCGAGUCAACUCGGCCAACCUCCCACCAGUUAUCUUGAAUUCCGGUACAUACUUGAAGACUCCCUAUGUCAUUUCCCUAUGUCGUUCAAACUCGCCUAUCGUCGACAGCACGGGGGGUCCUAGCUGAG